UAUUUGAAGAUGAAGGCUGUCUUUUUUUUAUUUUGUGCUGUCCUUUUCGCUUACUAAUAUUUUUUCUUGUUAUUGUAAUGCAUAAUUUCUCUCUCUUUAAUUGCAACUCAUCAUCAUUCAAUCACACCCUUUUCUUCUCUUUCUUCUUUCUUCUUCUCUUCACCCAGUUUAGUUUUGUACAAUCAAGGAUUUUUGGAGGAGGUGAAUGAAAGUUUGAAGAAGAGAAAAACAUGAAAGGGCUAGUAUUUUUCCUUUUGCUUCUAGCACUGUGUCAUGCUGCAGAAUGCAAUGGAGUAUGCAAGUCUGAUUGGCCGCUGACACCGAGGCCCCACAGCGUGUCUGUCUUGGAAUUUGGAGCAGUUGGGGAUGGAAAAACAUUAAAUACUUUGGCAUUUCAGAAUGCCAUUUUCUAUCUCAAGUCCUUUGCUGACAAGGGUGGUGCCCAACUCUAUGUUCCAGCGGGCAAUUGGCUUAUUGGAACCAUCAAUCUUACCAGCUAUCUCACACUUUUCCUGGAAAAAGACGCCAUUAUUCUUGGCUCCCAGGAUUAUAAUCACUGGGAUGUAAUUGAUCCCUUGCCUUCUUAUGGCCGAGGUAUUGAGCUCCCUGGACAAAGAUAUCGCAGCUUGAUUACAGGAUGUAAUUUAACUGAUGUGGUGAUAACAGGUAACAAUGCAACUAUUGACGGUCAGGGUUCAGUUUGGUGGGAAAAAUUCAGUUCUCAUUCUCUAAAUUAUAGUCGACCGCAUCUAGUGGAAUUCAUAAGCUCAAACAAUAUUGUUAUAUCAAACUUAACCUUCCUAAAUCCCCCUGCUUGGAACAUUCGCCCAGCUUACUGCAGUAAAGUACUAAUCCAGAACAUAACAGUCCACGCUCCUCCAGACUCUCCACACACCAGUGGGAUAGUCCCAGAUUCUUCUGAGUAUAUUUGCAUCGAGAAUAGCAACAUUAGCUUGGGUUAUGAUUCUGUUGUGCUUAAAAGCGGUUGGGAUGAAUAUGGAAUUGCAUAUGGUAAACCAACUGCUAAUGUCCAUAUUCGAGGGCUCCGCUUGCAGUCUUAUUCAGGCUCUGGCAUGGCUUUUGGUAGCGAGAUGUCAGGUGGCAUUUCCAGUAUACUGGUUGAGAACCUUCACGUGCUCGACUCACUAAUUGGAAUCGAGCUGAAAACUGCUAGAGGAAGAGGGGGCUACAUCGAAGGAAUUUACAUAUCAGAUGUGUUCUUGGAAAAUGUACAGCAAGGAAUUAAGGCGACAGGUCAGUGGGAUACACAUCCAGACGACCAAUUUGAUCCCUUAGCAUUGCCCGUGGUCAGUGAAAUUACCUUUAUGGACAUAACUGGCAUAAACAUUACAACAUCGGGCUACUUUUCUGGUAUUAAGGAAUCUCCCUUCACUUCUAUAUGUCUCUCCAAUAUUUCUUUCUCCCUUGCUUUCGACUCAUCCACAUCAUGGGUUUGCUCCAAUGUGUCGGGUUCCUCGAAAAACGUGACACCUGAACCAUGUCCAGAACUUCAGAGCUCAAUUUCUAAUAUCUCUUCACAGUGUUCCUUCCUUUCAUAUCCACGUAGUCAAGUUGCAUAUUCUUGAUUCAAAGUGCCUAAAGCUCAAAUAUUCAUUCAUUGAUCUGUACAAUGCAAUACAACAUUCCCUCAACCAGUUAUGGUGCAUAAUUUUCCAAUAAUGUGCGAAUUGGAACCUUCCAUCUCGUGCCUUUUCAAGCUAUCAUCGACAAACUAUAGCAUGCUGCAAAUUCUUCCAAGUGGUGUCCGUUUAUAUUCCCAUUCCUUGUGUACAGUGUCAGUUUCUUCAUUCGUGUGUAAGAAAAGUUUUGGUAGUGCAGAACGACUUGGAUACUUGUUUCUUUACGCAUUAUUCUUCAUAUUUCAAAUUAUUAGUCAUUUCAUUCACAUUGUAAAUUUGGGUGGGGGCUGAAACAGCGUCAUGAUUGAAGACAUAUAUAGUUGGAAAUUGCAGGAAAGGUUCCUUUGCAUUUUUCCAUUGGAUUAUAUGCAUUUAACUAUGUAGGCUUUCUUGUGUUUGUGAUUUUUUCGUGCU